GCUAUUUACAUAAUUAUCGUCUACCCCGCACCCCAAUCAGCUGCUCGCCCUCCGUUUGUAGUCCCACUUCACAGCCUCGAUCGAUUCCAGACGGCCUUAUCUCACUUUGGAUUAUCCUUUCUCCUUUCGAAUCUCAACCCUCGACUCUCUCCGUGACUCAGAUAAACCUUCGCACUUCCUGGAAUCAGUUAAAUACAGCUUCUUUUUUUUUUGUUUGAUCGAAUCUCCCUCCAAAAAUCGAAAAGAGGAAUAAUAAUAAUAAAAAUGAGUAGUCAAAGAAAAGUCUCGGUUUUAUUUGUUUGUUUAGGGAAUAUAUGUCGAUCCCCAAUGGCAGAGGCGGUUUUUACUCAUUUAGUUGAACUCAACGAGCUUCAAGACCGAUUUGAAACGAUUGCGAGUGCCGGGACGGCUGCCUACCACGUGGGCGAACAACCGGAUCCUAGGACUGUUUGCGUAUGCAAUAAGUUCGGCGUGGCAGUCAACUCGGUGGCUCAACAAGUAGAAUCGUCUCACUUCAAUACCUUCGAUUAUAUCUUGGCGAUGGAUACUUCUAACCUUCGAAACCUACGCGAGAUGCAACCUCCGAAAUGCAAAGCACAAGUCAAGUUAUUUGGCGAAUUUGGCGACGGUGAUAUCAUCAAAGAUCCUUAUUAUGGAGCAAAUGACGGGUUCACACACAAUUUUAGACAAUGUGUAGAUUACUCUGUGGGCUUGCUCAAAUCUCUCGGAUUCCAUACAGUGAAAUCAAUCCUCUAGAUACAAUUUUCUUUUUGUCUGUUGUUAUAAGGGUUACAGAACCCAAUUGUAUAAACGUUUAAAAAUACACUUUUUUGUGAGUUUUUAUUUUGUACAAGAGCCGUGCUUUUUUAAAAAAAUAAAGUUAUGAAUGAGCUUGAUUUUGGUCUAACCAUUGUUUGAAAAACUUUGUUCAGUUAAAUCUUGAUUUCAGUCUUGAUGACAUGUUUACUCCAGCCCAUCUGACUUUGAUCGUAUAUAUAUGAGAGAUACUUUGAACACCACCUUCCUGA